UCAUCAACUGAAACUACUCCAGCUCCAACAACUACAGAGACCACAGGUCCCUCAACAACCACAGAGUCUACAAGCUCAGAAACCACAGUUCCUAUGAGUACAACUGCAGAAACAACAUUACCCUCAUCAACUGAAACUACUCCAGCACCAAUUACAGAGACCACAGGUCCCUCAACAACCACAGAAUCAAUAAAUUCAGAAACAACAUUACCCUCAUCAACUGAAACUACUCAAGCACCAACAACUACGGAGACCACAGUUCCCUCAACAACCACAGAAUCCACAACUACAGAAAUAAAAACAGUUCCUUCCAGUACAACUUCAGAAACAACAUUACCCUCAUCAACUGAAACAACUCCAGCACCAACAACUACAGAGACCACAGCUCCCUCAACAACCACAGAGUCUACAACCUCAGAAAUAACAGUUCUUUUGAGUACAACUGCAGAAACAACAUUACCCUCAUCAACUGAAACUACUCCAGUACCAACUACAGAUACCAUAGCUCCCUCAACAACCAAAGAAUCUAUAACUUCAGAAACAACAGUUCUUUUGAGUACAACUACAGAAACAACAUUACCCUCAUCAACUGAAACUACUCCAGUAACAACAACUACAGAGACCAUAGCUCCCUCAACAGCCACAGAAUCUACAACCUCAGAAACAACAGUUCCUUCGAGUACAACUGCAGAAACAACAUUACCCUCAUCAACUGAAACUAGUCCAGUAACAACAACUACAGAGACCAUAGUUCCCUCAACAACCACAGAAUUAACAUUACCCUCAACAACUGAAACUACCACAGCACCAACUACAGAGACCAUAGCUCCCUCAACAACCACAGAAUCUACAACUUCGGAAACAACAUUACCCUCAUCAACUGAAACUACUCCAGCACCAACAACUACAGAGACCACAGGUCCCUCAACAACCACAGAGUCUACAACCUCAGAAACAACAGUUCCUUUAAGUACAACUGCAGAAACAACAUUACCUUCAACUGAAACAACUCCAGCACCAACAGCUACAGAGACCACAGGUCCCUCAACAACCACAGAGUCUACAACUUCAGAAACAACAGUUCCUUCGAGUACAACUGCAGAAACAACAUUACCCUCCACAGAAUCUACAACUUCAGAAACAACAACAGUUGCUUCCAGUACAACCUCAGAAACAACAGUUCCUUUAAGUACAACUGCAGAAACAACCUUACCUUCAUCAACUGAAACAACAACAGCAGAAACAACUACAGAGACCACAGUUCCCUCAACAACCACAGAAUCUACAACUUCAGAAACAACAACAGUUCCUUCCAGUACAACUUCAGAAACAGCAUUACCCUCAUCAACUGAAACUACUCCAGCACCAACUACAGAGACCAUAUCUCCCUUAACAACCACAGAAUCUGCAACCUCAGAAAUAACAGUUCCUUUGAGUACAACUGCAGAAACAACAUUACCCUCAUCAACUGAAACUACUCCAGCACCAACUACAGAUAUCAUAGCUCCCUCAACAACCACAGAAUCUAUAACUUCAGAAACAACAGUUCUUUUGAGUACAACUACAGAAACAACAUUACCCUCAUCAACUGAAACUACUACAGUAACAACAACUACAGAGACCAUAGUUCCCUCAACAACCACAGAAUCAACAUUACCCUCAUCCUCAACAACCACAGAGUCUACAACCUCAGAAACAACAGUUCCUUUAAGUACAACUGCAGAAACAACAUUACCUUCAUCAACUGAAACUACUCCAGCACCAACAACUACAGAGACCACAGGUCCCUCAACAACCACACAGCCUACAACCUCAGAAACAACAGUUCCUUUGAGUACAACUGCAGAAACAACAUUACCCUCAUCAACUGAAACUACUCCAGUGACAACAACUACAGAGACCAUAGCUCCCUCAACAACCAGAGAAUCUACAACCUCAGAAACAACAGUUCCUUUGAGUACAAUGGCAGAAACAACAUUACCAUCAUCAACUGAAACUACUCCAGUAACAACAACUACAGAGACCAUAGCUCCCUCAACAACCACAGAAUCAACAGUACCCUCAUCAACUGAAACUAUUCCAGCACCAACUACAGAGACCAUAGCUCCUACAACUUCUGAAACAACAUUACCCUCAUCAACUGAAACUACUCCAGCACCAACUACAGAGACCAUAGCUCCCUCAACAACCACAGAGUCUACAACUUCAGAAACAACAGUUCCUUCGAGUACAACAGCAGAAACAACAUUACCUUCAUCAACUGAAACAACUCCAGCAGAAACAACUACAGAGACCACAGUUCCCUCAACAACCACAGAAUCUACAACUUCAGAAACAACAACAGUUCCUUCCAGUACAACUGCAGAAACAACAUUAGCCUCAUCAACUGAAACUACUCCAGCUUCAACAACUACAGAGACCACAGGUCCCUCAACAACCACAGAGUCUACAAGCUCAGAAACCACAGUUCCUAUGAGUACAACUGCAGAAACAACAUUACCCUCAUCAACUGAAACUACUCCAGCACCAACUACAGAGACCACAGGUCCCUCAACAACUACAACUGCAGAAACAACAUUACCUUCAACUGAAACAACUCCAGCACCAACAGCUACAGAGACCACAGGUCCCUCAACAACCACAGAGUCUACAACUUCAGAAACAACAGUUCCUUCAACUACAACUUCAGAAACAACAACAGUUGCUUCCAGUACAACCUCAGAAACAACAGUUCCUUUAAGUACAACUGCAGAAACAACCUUACCAUCAUCAACUGAAACAACAACAGCAGAAACAACUACAGAGACCACAGUUCCCUCAACAAACACAGAAUCUACAACUUCAGAAACAACAACAGUUCUUUCUUCAGAAACAGCAUUACCCUCAUCAACUGAAACUACUCCAGCACCAACUACAGAGACCAUAUCUCCCUUAACAACCACAGAAUCUGCAACCUCAGACAUAACAGUUCCUUUGAGUACAACUGCAGAAACAACAUUACCCUCAUCAACUGAAACUACUCCAGCACCAACUACAGAUAUCAUAGCUCCCUCAACAACCACAGAAUCUAUAACUUCAGAAACAACAGUUCUUUUGAGUACAACUACAGAAACAACAUUACCCUCAUCAACUGAAACUACUACAGUAACAACAACUACAGAGACCAUAGUUCCCUCAACAACCACAGAAUCAACAUUACCCUCAUCAACUGAAACUACUCCAGCACCAACUACAGAGACCAUAGCUCCCUCAACAACCACAGAAUCUACAACUUCAGAAACAACAUUACCCUCAUCAACUGAAACUACUCCAGCACCAACAACUACAGAGACCACAGGUCCCUCAACAACCACAGAGUCUACAACCACAGAAACAACAGUUCCUUUAAGUACAACUGCAGAAACAACAUUACCUUCAUCAACUGAAACAACUCCAGCACCAACUACAGAGACCACAGGUCCCUCAACAACCACAGAGUCUACAACCUCAGAAACAACAGUUCCUUUAAGUACAACUGCAGAAACAACAUUACCUUCAUCAACUGAAACAACUCCAGCACCAACUACGGAGACCACAGGUCCCUCAACAACCACAGAGUCUACAACUUCAGAAACAACAGUUCCUUCGAGUACAACUGCAGAAACAACAUUACCCUUAUCAACUGAAACUUCUCCAUCACCAACUACAGAGACCAUAGCUCCCUCAACAACCACAGAAUCAACAUUACCCUCAUCAACUGAAACUACUCCAGCAACAUCUACAGAGACCAUAGCUCCCUCAAAAACCACAGAAUCUACAACUUCAGAAACAACAACAGUUGCUACCAGUACAACCUCAGAAACAACAGUUUCUUUAAGUACAACUGCAGAAUCAACAUUACCCUCAUCAACUGAAACAACUCAAGCAGAAACAACUACAGAGACCACAGUUCCCUCAACAACCACAGAAUCUACAACUUCAGAAACAACAACAGUUCCUUCCAGUACAACUGCAGAAACAACAUUACCCUCAUCAAUUGAAACUACUUCAGCACCAACUACAGAGACCAUAUCUCCCUUAACAACCACAGAAUCUGCAACCUCAGAAAUAACAGUUCCUUUGAGUACAACUGCAGAUACAACAUUACCCUCAUCAACUGAAACUACUCCAGUAACAACAACUACAGAGACCAUAGCUCCCUCAACAAUCACAGAGUCUACAACCUCAGAAACAACAGUUCCUUUAAGUACAACUGCAGAAACAACAUUACCUUCAUCAACUGAAACAACUCCAGCAGAAACAACUACAGAGACCACAGUUCCCUCAACAACCACAGAAUCUACAACUUCAGAAACAACAACAGUUCCUUCCAGUUCAACUUCAGAAACAUUACCCUCAUCAACUGAAACUACUCCAGCACCAACUACAGAGACCAUAGCUCCCUCAACAAGAACAGAGACUACAACCUCAGAAACAACAGUUCCUUUGAGUACAACUGCAGAAACAACAUUACCCUCAUCGACCUCAGAAACAACAGUUCCAUUGAGUACAACUGCAGAAACAACAUUACCCUCAUCAACUGAAACUACUCCAGCACCAAUUACAGAGACCAUAGCUCCCUCAACAACCUCAACAACCACAGAAUCUACAACUUCAGAAACAACAACAGUUCCUUCCAGUACAAAUUCAGAAACAACAUUACCCUUAACAACUGAAACUACCCAGGCAUCAUUAACUGAAACAACACAAGUUUUAAACAGAGCAUCUACAACUUUAGAAAUAACAGUUGCUUCCACUACAACCUUAGAAACAACAGUGCCUUCAACAACUGAAUAUACACCAGCACCAACUACAGAGACCAUAGCUCCCUCAACAACAACAGAAUCUACAACCUCAGAAACAACAGUUCCUUUUAGUACAACUGCAGAAACAACAUUGCCCUCAUCAACUGAAUCUACUCCAGCACCAACUACAGAGACCAUAGCUCCCUCAACAGCCACAGAAUCUGCAACCUCAGAAACAACAGUUCCUUCGAGUACAAGUUCAGAAACAACAUUACCCUCAUCAACUGAAACUACUCCAAUAACAACAACUACAGAGACCAUAGCUCCAUCAACAACCACAGAGUCUACAACCUCAGAAACAACAGUUUCUUUGAAUACAACUGCAGAAACAACAUUUCCCUCAUCAACUGAAACUUCUCCAGUACCAACAACUUCAGAGACCAUAACUCCCUCAACAACCACAGAAUCUACAACUUCAGAAACAACAACAGUUCCUUCCAGUACAACUGCAGAAACAACAUUACCCUCAUCAACUGAAACUACUCCAGUACCAACAACUACAGAAACCACAGCUCCCUCAACAACCACAGAAUCUACAACUUCAGGAACAACAUUACCUUCAUCAACUGAAACAACUCCAGCACCAACAACUUCAGAGACCAUAGCUCCCUCAACAACCACAGAAUCUAUAACUUUAGAAACAACAACAGUUCCUUCCAGUACAACUUCAGAAACAACAUUGCCCUCAUCAACUGAAACUACUCCAGCACCAACAACUACAGAGACCAUUGCUUCCUCAACAACCACAGAAUCUACAACUUCAGAAACAGCAACAGUUCCUUCCAGUACAAAUUCAGAAACAACAUUACCUUUAAAAACUGAAACUACCCAGGCAGCAGCAACUGAAACAAUACAAGUUUUAAAUACAGCAUCUACAACUUUAGAAAUAACAGUUGCUUCCACUACAACCUUAGAAACAACAGUGCCUUCAACAACUGAAACUAGACCAGCACCAACUUCAGAGACCAUAUCUCCCUCAACAACGACAGAAUCUACAACCUCAGAAACAACAGUUCCUUUUAGUACAACUGCAGAAACAACAUUAACCUCAUCAACUGAAUCUACUCCAGUUCCAACAACUACAGAGACCAUAGCUUCCUCAACAACCACAGAAUUUACAACUUCAGAAACAACAUUACCCUCAUCAACUGAAACUACUCCAGUACCAAUAAAUACAGAAACCAUAGCUCCCUCAACAACCACAGAGUCUACAACCUCAGAAACAUCAGUUCCUUUGAGCACAACUGCAGAAACAACAUUGCACUCAUCAACUGAAACUACUCCAGCACCAACUACAGAGACCAUAGCUCCCUCAACAACCACAGAAUCUGCAACCUCAGAAACAACAGUUCCUUUGAGUACAACUGCGGAAACAACAUUUCCCACAUCAACUGAAACUACUCCUGUACCAACAACUACAGAGACCAUAGCUCCCUCAACAACCACAGAAUCUACAACUUCAGAAACAACAACAGUUCCUUCCAGUACAACAUCAGAAACAACUGUACCCUUAACAACUGAAACUGCCCAAGCAUCAACAACUGAAACCACACCAUUUUUAAUCACAGAAUCUUCAACUUUAGAAAUAACAGUUGCUUCCAGUACAUCCUUAGAAACAACAGUGCCUUCGACAACUGAAACUACCCCUUCACCAACUACAGAGACCACAGUUUCCUCAACAACCACAGAAUCUGCAACAACUGUACCUGCAACUUCAGAAAUGACAGUACCCUCAACUAUUGAAACUACCCAGGCAUCAAUGUCUACAGUGUCCACACAGGCCUCAAGAGCCACAGAAUCAACAACAUCAGAAAGAACAACAGUUCCUUCAAUGGCUGAAACAACAUCUGCUACAAACCCCACAAUAGAAAGUCAAACACCGUUUGCUGCAUUUUCAACCUCUGCAGGGACUACAUCUGGGUUUACAACAGUGGAAACAACAACAGUUCCUUCCAGUACAACUUCAGAAACCACAUUGCCCUCAUCAACUGAAGUUACUCCAGCACCAACAACUACAGAAACUAUAGUUCCAUCAACAACUACAGAGUUUACAACAUUAGAAAUAACAGUUGCUUCCAGUACAACCUUAGAAACAACAGUGCUCUCAACAACUGAAACUACCCCAGUGAGAACUACAGAGACCACAGUUUCCUCAACAACCACAGAGUCUACAACAUCAAAACCAACAGUUCCUUUAACAACUACAGAGACCACAGUUUCCUCAACAACCACAGAAUCUACAAUAUCAGAAACAGCAACAGUUCCUUCCAGUACAUCUUCAGAAAUUACGGUACCCUUAACAACUGAUACUACCCAGGCAUCUAAAGCUGAAACCACACAAGUUUUAACCACAGAUUCUACAACUUUAGAAAUAACAGUUGCUUCCAGUACAACCUUAGAAACAACAGUGCCCUCAACAACUGAAACUACCCCUGCACCAACUACAGAGACCACAGUUUCCUCAACAACCACAGAGUCUACAACAUCAGAAACAACAGUUCAUUCAAGCUCAACUACAGAGACUAUAGCUCCCUCAACAACUACAGAAUCUACAACUUCAGAAACAACAACAGUUCCUUCCAGUACAACUUCAGAAACAACAUUACCCUCAUCAACUGAAACUACUCCAUUACCAACAACUACAGAGACCACAAUUCCCUCAUCAACCACAGAGUCUACAACAUCAGAAACAGCAGCAGAUCCUUCCAGUACAAUUUUAGAAAAAACGGUACCCUUAAAAACUGAAAUUACCCAGGCAUCAACAACUCAAACCACAGAAUCUACAACUUUAGAAGUAACAGUUGUUUCUAGUACAACCUUAGAAACAACAGUCCCCUCAACAACGGAAACUACCCCAGCACUAUCUACAGAGACCACAGUUUUCUCAACAACCACAGAGUCUACAACAUCAAAAACAACAGUUACUUCAAGUACAACUUCAGAAACAUUCGCUUCAACAACUCAAAAUACCCCAGCUCCAACAACUACAGAGACCAUAGCCUCAUCAACUGAAACUACUCCAUUACCAACAAUGGCAGAGACCACAGUUCCCUCAACAACCACAGAGUCUACAACAUCAGAAACAGUAGUUCCUUCAAGUACUUCUUCAGAAACAUUAGCUUCAACAACUCAAAAUACCCCAGCUCCAACAACUACAGAGACCAUAGCUCCCUCAAUAACCACAGAAUCUACAACUUCAGAAACAACAACAGUUCCUUCCAGUACAACUUCAGAAACAACAUUACUCUCAUUAACUGAAACUACUCCAGCACCAACAAUUACUGAGACCAUAGCUCCCUCAACAACCACAGAACCUACAACUUCAGAAACAACAAUAGUUCCUUUCAGUACAACUUCAGAAACAUUACCCUCAUCAACUGAAACUAAUCCAUUACCAACAACUACAGAGACCACAAUUCACUCAACAACCACAGAGUCUACAACAUCAGAAACAGCAACAGUUACUUUCAGUACAACUUCAGAAAUAACGGUACCCUUAACAACUGAAACUACCCAGGCAUCAACAACUGAAACCACAGUUUCCUCAACAACCACAGAGUCUACAACAUCAGAAACAACAGUUACUUCAAGUAAAACUUCAGAAACAUUAGCUUCAACAUCUCAAAAUAUCCCAGCUCCAACCACUACAGAGACCACAAUUCCAUCAACAACCACAGAGUCUACACCAGAAACAGCAACAGUUCCUUCCAGUACAACUUCAGAAAUAACGGUACCCUUAACAACCCAGUCAUCAACUAUUGAAACAACACAAGUUUUAACCACAGAAUCUACAACUUUAGAAAUAACAGUUGCUUCCAGUACAACCUUAGAAACAACAGUGUCCUCAACAACUGAAACUACUCCAGCAUCAACUACAGAGACCACAGUUUACUCAACAACCACAGAAUCUACAACUUCUGAAACAACACAUCCUUCAAGCACAACUUCAGAAACAACAUUACCCUCAUCAACUGAAACAACUCCAGCACCAACAACUACAGAGACCAUAGCUCCCUCAACAACCACAGAAUCUAUAACUUUAGAAUCAACAACAGUUCCUUCCAGUACAACUUCAGAAACAACAUUGCCCUCAUCAACUGAAACUACACCAGCACCAACAACUACAGAGAUCAUAGCUCCCUCAACAAUGACAGAAUCUGCAACCUCAGAAACAACAGUUCCUUCGAGUACAACUGCAGAAACAACAUUUCCCUCAUCAACUGAAACUACUCCAGUAACUUCAGAAACAACAACAGUUCCUUCCAGUACAACUGCAGAAACAACAUUACCCUCAUCAACUGAAACUACUCCAGCACCAACAACUACAGAGACCACAGGUCCCUCAACAACCAAAGAGUCUAAAACCUCAGAAACAACAAUUCCUUUGGGUAAAACUGUAGAAACAACAUUACCCUCAUCAACUGAAACUACUCCAACACCAACAAGUACAGAGAACACAGCUCCCUCGACAACCACAGAAUCUACAACUUCUGAAACAACAACAGUUCCUUCAAGUACAAAUUCAGAAACAACAUUACCUUCAACAACUGAAACUACUCCAGCACUAACUACAGAGACCAUAGCUCCCUCAACAAGCAGAGAAUCUACAACCUCAGAAACAACAGUUCCUUUGAGUUCAACUGCAGAAACAACAUUUCCCUCAUCAACUGAAACUACUCCAGCACCAACAAGUACCGAGAGCACAGCUCCCUCAACAACCACAGAAUCGACACCUUCUGAAACAACAACAGUUCUUUCAAGUGCAACUUCAGAAACAAUAUUACCCUCAUCAACUGAAAUGACUCAAGCACCAACUACAGAGACCAUAGCUCCCUCAACAACCUCAGAAUCUACAGCCUCAGAAACAACAAUUCCUUCGAGUACAACUGCAGAAACAACAUUACCCUCAUCAACUGAAACUACUCCAAUACCAACAACUACAGAGACCAUAGCUCCCUCAACAAUUACAGAAUCUACAACUUCAGAAACAACAUUACCUUCAUCAACUGAAACUACUCCAGCACCAACAACUAUGGAGACCACAGUUCUCUCAACAACCACAGAAUCUACAACUUCAGAAACAACAGUUCCUUCAUCAACUGAAACUACUCCAGCACCAACAACUACAGAAAACACAGUUCCCUCAACAACCACAGAAUCUUCAACUUCGGAAACAACAACAGUUCCUUCCAGUACAUCUUCAGAAACAACAUUACCCUCAUCAACUGAAACUACUCCAGCACCAACAACUACAGAGACCAUAGGUCCCUCAACAAUCACAGAGUCUACAACCUCAGAAACAACAGUUCCUUCAUCAACUGAAACUACUCCAGCACCAACAACUACAGAGAACACAGUUCCCUCAACAACCACAGAAUCUUCAACUUCAGAAACAACAACAGUUCCUUCCAGUACAACUUCAGAAACAACAGUUCCCUCAUCAACUGAAACUAUUCUACUACCAACAAUUACAGAGACCAUAGCUCCCUCAACAACCACAGAAUCUACAACAUCAGAAACAAUAGUUCCUUCAAAAACUUCUUCAGAAACAUUAGCUUCAACAACUCAAAAUACCCCAGCCCCAACAACUACAGAGACCAUAGCUCCCUCAAUAACCACAGAAUCUACAACUUCAGAAACAACAACAGUUCCUUCCAGUACAACUUCAGAAACAACAUUACUCUCAUUAACUGAAACUACUUCAGCACCAACAAUUACUGAGACCAUAGCUCCCUCAACAACCACAGAAUCUAUAACUUCAGAAACAACAAUAGUUCCUUUCAGUACAACUUCAGAAACAUUACCCUCAUCAACUGAAACUAAUCCAUUACCAACAACUACAGAGACCACAAUUCCCUCAACAACCACAGAGUCUACAACAUCAGAAACAGCAACAGUUACUUUCAGUACAACUUCAGAAAUAACGGUACCCUUAACAACUGAAACUACCCAGGCAUCAACAACUGAAACCACAGUUUCCUCAACAACCACAGAGUCUACAACAUCAGAAACAACAGUUACUUCAAGUAAAACUUCAGAAACAUUAGCUUCAACAUCUCAAAAUAUCCCAGCUCCAACCACUACAGAGACCACAAUUCCAUCAACAACCACAGAGUCUACACCAGAAACAGCAACAGUUCCUUCCAGUACAACUUCAGAAAUAACGGUACCCUUAACAACCCAGUCAUCAACUAGUGAAACAACACAAGUUUUAACCACAGAAUCUACAACUUUAGAAAUAACAGUUGCUUCCAGUACAACCUUAGAAACAACAGUGUCCUCAACAACUGAAACUACUCCAGCAUCAACUACAGAGACCACAGUUUACUCAACAACCACAGAAUCUACAACUUCUGAAACAACAUAUCCUUCAAGCACAACUUCAGAAACAAUAUUACCCUCAUCAACUGAAACAACUCCAGCACCAACAACUACAGAGACCAUAGCUCCCUCAACAACCACAGAAUCUAUAACUUUAGAAUCAACAACAAAACAACAUUCAGAAACAACAACAGUUCCUUCCAGUACAACUGCAGAAACAACAUUACCCUCAUCAACUGAAACUACUCCAGCACCAACAACUACAAAGACCACAGGUCCCUCAACAACCACAGAGUCUAAAACCUCAGAAACAACAGUUCCUUUGGGUAAAACUGUAGAAACAACAUUACCCUCAUCAACUGAAACUACUCCAACACCAACAAGUACAGAGAACACAGCUCCCUCAAUAACCACAGAAUCUACAACUUCAGAAACAACAACAGUUACUUCAAGUAUUGUAUCAGAAACAAUAUUACCUUCAACAACUAAAACUACUCCAGCACUAACUACAGAGACCAUAGCUCCCUCAACAAGCACAGAAUCUACAACCUCAGAAACAACAGUUCCUUUGAGUUCAACUGCAGAAACAACAUUUCCCUCAUCAACUGAAACUACUCCAGCUCCAACAAGUACAGAGAGCACAGCUCCCUCAACAACCACAGAAUUGACACCUUCUGAAACAACAACAGUUCUUUCAAGUGCAACUUCAGAAACAAUAUUACCCUCAUCAACUGAAAUGACUCCAGCACCAACUACAGAGACCAUAGCUCCCUCAACAACCUCAGAAUCUACAGCCUCAGAAACAACAAUUCCUUCGAGUACAACUGCAGAAACAACAUUACCUUUAUCAACUGAAACUACUCCAAUACCAACAACUACAGAGACCAUAGCUCCCUCAACAACUAUAGAAUCUACAACUUCAGAAACAACAUUACAUUCAUCAACUGAAACUACUCCAAUCAUAACUUCCUCAACAACCACAGAAUCUGCAACCUCAGAAACAACAUUAACCUCAUCAACUGAAAUUACUCCAGCACCAACAACUAUUGAGACCAUAGCUCCCUCAACAACCACAGAAACUACAAUUUCAGAAACAACAACAGUUCCUUCCAAAUCUUCAACUUUAGAAAUAACAGUUGCUUCCACUACAUCCUUAGAAACAACAAUGUCUUCAACAACUGAAACUACCCCUUCACCAACUACAGAGACCACAGUUUCCUCAACAACCACAGAAUCUGCAACAACUGUACCUGCAACUUCAGAAAUGACAGUACCCUCAACUAUUGAAACUACCCAGGCAUCAAUGUCUACAGAGACCACACAGGCCUCAAGAGCCACAGAAUCAACAACAUCAGAAAGAACAACAAUUCCUUCAAACUACACAUUAUUUUCGAUCAUUCACAAUGACCUUUCCUUCUUACCUCUAAUAACAACAGUGGCUGAAACAACAUCUGUUACAAACUCCACAGUAGAAAGUCAAACACCGUUUGCUGCAUUUUCAACCUCUGCAGGGACUACAUCUGGGUUUACAACAGUGGAAACAACAGUUCCUUCCAGUACAACUUCAGAAACCACAUUGCCCUCAUCAACUGAAGUUACUCAAGCACCAACAACUACAGAAACUAUAGUUCCAUCAACAACUACAGAGUUUACAAUAUUAGAAACAACCGUUCCUUCCAGUACAACCUCAGAAACAACGUUACUCUCAUCAACUGAAACUACUCCAGCACCAACAAUUACUGAGACCAUAGCUCCCUCAACAACCACAGAAUCUACAGCUUCAGAAACAACAAUAGUUCCUUCCAAGUCUACAACGUCAGAAACAGCAACAGUUACUUCCAGUACAACUUCAGAAAUAACGGUACCCUUAACAACUGAAACUACCCAGGCAUCAACAACUGAAACCACAGUUUCCUCAACAACCACAGAGUCUACAACAUCAGAAACAACAGUUACUUCAAGUAAAACUUCAGAAACAUUAGCUUCAACAUCUCAAAAUAUCCCAGCUCCAACCACUACAGAAACCACAAUUCCAUCAACAACCACAGAGUCUACACCAGAAACAGCAACAGUUCCUUCCAGUACAACUUCAGAAAUAACGGUACCCUUAACAACCCAGUCAUCAACUAGUGAAACCACACAAGUUUUAACCACAGAAUCUACAACUUUAGAAAUAACAGUUGCUUCCAAGACCACAAUUCCCUCAACAACCAUAGAGUCUACAACGUCAGAAACAGCAACAGUUACUUCCAGUACAACUUCAAAAAUAAUGGUACCCUUAACAACUGAAACUACCCAGGCAUCAACAACUGAAACCACAGUUUCUUCAACAACCACAGAGUCUGCAACAUCAGAAACAACAGUUACUUCAAGUAAAACUUCAGAAACAUUAGCUUCAACAUCUCAAAAUAUCCCAGCUCCAACCACUACAGAGACCACAAUUCCAUCACCAACCACAGAGUCUACACCAGAAACAGCAACAGUUCUUUCCAGUACAACUUCAGAAAUAACAGUACCCUUAACAACCCAGUCAUCAACUAGUGAAACCACACAAGUUUUAACCACAGAAUCUACAACUUUAGAAAUAACAGUUGCUUCCAGUGCAACCUUAGAAACAACAGUGUCCUCAACAACUGAAGCUACUCCAGCAUCAACUACAGAGACCACAGUUCCCUCAACAACCACAGAGUCUACAACAUCAGAAACAAUAGUUCCUUCAAAAUCAACAACAGUUCCUUCCAGUACAACUUCAGAAAAAACAUUGCCCUCAUCAACUGAAACUACACCAGCACCAACAACUACAGAGACCAUAGCUCCCUCAACAAUGACAGAAUCUGCAACCUCAGAAACAACAGUUCCUUCGAGUACAACUGUAGAAACAUUAACUUCAUCAACUGAAACUACUCCAGUAACAACAACUAUAGAGAUUAUAGCUCCGUCAACAACCACAGAGUCUACAACCUCAGAAACAACAGUUUCUUUGAGUACAACUGCAGAAACAACAUUUCCCUCAUCAACUGAAACUACUCCAGUACCAACAACUACAGAGACCAUAGCUCCCUCAAUAACCACAGAAUCUACAACUUCAGAAACAACAACAGUUCCUUCCAGUACAACUGCAGAAACAACAUUACCCUCAUCAACUGAAACUACUCCAUUACCAACAACUACAGAGACCACAGGUCCCUCAACAUCUACAGAGUCUACAACGUCAGAAACAGCAACAGUUCCUUCCAGUACAACUUCAGAAACAACAUUACUCUCAUCAACUGAAACUACUCCAGCACCAACAAUUACUGAGACCAUAGCUCCCUCAACAACCACAGAAUCUACAAAUACAGAAACAACAAUAGUUCCUUCCAGUACAACUUCAGAAACAACAUUACCCUCAUCAACUGAAACUAUUCCAUUACCAACAACUACAGAGACCACAAUUCCCUCAACAACCACAGAGUCUACAACAUCAGAAACAGCAACAGUUACUUUCAGUACAACUUCAGAAAUAACGGUACCCAAAACAACUGAAUUUACACUGGCAUCAACAACUGAAACCACAGUUUACUCAACAACCACAGAGUCUACAACAUCAGAAACAACAGUUACUUCAAGUAAAACUUCAGAAACAUUAGCUUCAACAUCUCAAAAUAUCCCAGCUCCAACCACUACAGAGACCACAAUUCCAUCAACAACUACAGAGUCUACACCAGAAACAGCAACAGUUCUUUCCAGUACAACUUCAGAAAUAACGGUACCCUUAACAACCCAGUCAUCAACUAGUGAAACCACACAAGUUUUAACCACAGAAUCUACAACUUUAGAAAUAACAGUUGCUUCCAGUACAACCUUAGAAACAACAGUGUCCUCAACAACUGAAAUUACCCCAGCAUCAACUACAGUGAGCACAGUUUAUUCAACAACCACAGAAUCUACAACUUCUGAAACAACAGUUCCUUCAAGUACAACUUCAGAAACAACAUUACCCUCAUCAAAUGAAACUACUGCAGCACCAACAACUACAGAGACCACAGUUCCCUCAACAAACACAGAGUUUACAACAUCAGAAACAAUAGUUCCUUCAAGUACAUCUUCAGAAACAUUAGCUUCAACAACUCAAAAUACCCCAGCUCCAACAAUUACAGAGACCAUAGCUCCCUCAAUAACCACAGAAUCUAUAACUUCCAAAACAACAACAGUUCCUUCCAGUACAACUUCAGAAACAACAUUACCCUCAUCAACUGAAACUACGCCAGCACCAACAGCUACAGAGAACACAGCUCCCUCAACAACCACAGAAUCUACAACUUCGGAAACAACAACAGUUCUUUACAGUACAACUUCAGAAACAACAUUGCCCUCAUCAACUAAAAGUACUCCAUUACCAACAACUACAGAGACCAUAAUUUCCUCAUCAAUUACAGAGGCUACAACAUCAGAAACAGCAACAGUUCCUUCCAGUACAAUUUUAGAAACAACGGUACCCUUAACAACUGAAAUUACCCAGGCAUCAACAACUCAAACCACACAAAUUUUAACCACAGAAUCUACAACUUUAGAAGUAACAGCUGUUUCUAGUACUACCUUAGAAACAACAGUGCCCUCAACAACGGAAACUACCCCAGCACUAACUACAGAGACCACAGUUUUCUCAACAACCACAGAGUCUACAACAUCAGAAACAACAAUUACUUCAAGUACAACUUCAGAAACAUUAGCUUCAACAACUCAAAAUACCCCAGCUCCAACAACUACAGAGACCAUAGCUCCCUCAACAACCACAGAAUCUACAACUUCCAAAACAACAACAGUUCCUUCCAGUACAACUUCAGAAAAAGCAUUACCCUCAUCAACUAAAACUACCCAGCCAACUUUAGAAACAUCAAUAGGUCCUUCCAGUACAACUUCAGAAAUAAUGGUACCCUUAACAACUGAAAUUACCCAGGAAUCAUCAACUGAAACCACACAAGUUUUAACCACAGAAUCUACAACUUUAGAAUUAACAGUUGCUUCAAGCACAACUUCAGAAACAACAUUACCCUCAUCAAGUGAAACUACUCCAGCACCAACAACUACAGAGAACACAGUUCCCUCAACAACCACAGAGUCUACAACAUCAGAAACAACAGUUCCUUCAAGUACAACUUCAGAAACAUUAGCUUCAACAACUGAAAAUACCCCAGCUCCAACACCAACAGCGAUCAUAGCUCCCUCAACAAGCACAGAAUCUACAACUUCCGAAACAACAACUGUUCCUUCCAGUACAACUUCAGAAACAACAUUACCCUCAUCAACUGAAACUACUCCAGCACCACCAACUACAGAGACCAUAGCUCCCUCAACAGCCACAGAAUCUAUAACUUCAGAAACAACAACAGUUCCUUCCAGUACAACUUCAGAAAAAACAUUACCCUCAUCAACUGAAACUACCCAGCCAUCAACAACUACAGAGACCACAGUUUCCUCAACAACCACAGAGUCUACAACAUCAGAAACAAUAGUUCCUUCAAGUACAACUUCAGAAACAUUAGCUUCAACAACUGAAAUUACCCCAGCUCCAACAACUACAGAGACCAUAGCUCCCUCAACAACCACACAAUUCACAACUUUAGAAACAACAAUAGUUCCUUCUAGUACAACUUCAGAAACAACAUUACCUUCAUCAACUGAAACUACUCUAUUACCAACAAUGACCGAAACCACAGUUCCCUCAACAACCACAGAGUCAACAACUUUAGAAACAUCAAUAGUUCCUUCCAGUACAACUUCAGAAAUAAUGGUACCCUUAACAACUGAAACUACCCAGGAAUCAACAACUGAAACCACACAAGUUUUAACCACAGAAUCUACAACUUUAGAUUUAACAGUUGCUUCCAGUACAACCUUAGAAACAACUGUGCCCUCAACAACUGAAACUACUCCAGCACCAACUACAGAGACCACAGUUGCCUCAACAACCACAGAAUCUACAACUUUUGAAACAACAGUUGCUUCAAGCACAACUUCAGAAACAACAUUACCCUCAUCAAGUGAGACUACUCCAGCACCAACAACUACAGAGAACACAGUUCCCUCAACAACCACAGAGUCUACAACAUCAGAAACAACAGUUCCUUCAAGUACAACUUCAGAAACAUUAGCUUCAACAACUGAAAAUACCCCAGCACCAACAACUACAGAGAUCUUAGCUCCCUCAACAACCACAGAAUCUACAACUUCCGAAACAACAACAGUUCCUUCCAGUACAACUUCAGAAAUAACAUUACCCUCAUCAACUGAAACUACUCCAGCACCAACAACUACAGAGACCAUAGCUCCCUCAACAGCCACAGAAACUAUAACUUCAGAAACAACAACAGUUCCUUACAGUACAACUUUGGAAACAACAUUACCCUUGUCAACUGAAACUACUCCAUUACCAACAACUACAGAGACCCCAAUUCCCUCAACAACCACAGAAUCUACAACCUCAGAAACAGCAACAGUUCCAUCCAGUACAAUUUCAGAAAUAACGGUACUCUUAACAACUGAAAUUACCCAGGCAUCAACAACUCAUACCAAACAAGUUUUAACCACAGAAUCUACAACUUUAGAAGUAACAGCUGUUUCUAGUACUACCUUAGAAACAACAGUGCCCUCAACAACGGAAACUACCCCAGCACUAACUACAGAGACCAUAGUUUUCUCAACAACCACAGAGUCUAUAACAUCAGAAACAACAGUUACUUCAAGUACAACUUCAGAAACAUUAGCUUCAACAACUCAAAAUACCCCAGCUCCAACAACUACAGAGACCACAGCUCCCUCAACAACCACAGAAUCUAUAACUUCCGAAACAACAACAGUUCCUUCAAGUACAACUUCAGAAACAACAUUACCCUCAUCAUCUGAAACUACUCCAGCCCCAACAACUACAGAGAUCAUAGCUCCCUCAACGACCACAGAAUCUAUAACUUCAGAAACAAUAACAGUUCCUUCCAGUACAACUUCAGAAACAUUACCCUCAUCAACUGAAACUACUCCAUUACCAACAAUGGCAGAGACUACAGUUUCCUCAACGACCACAGAGUCUACAAAAUCAGAAACAACAGUUCCUUCAAGUACAACUUCAGAAACAUUAGCUUCAACAACUGAAAAUAUACCAGCUCCAACAACUACAGAGACCAUAGCUCCCUCAACAACCACAAAAUCUACAACUUUACAAACAACAAUAGUUCCUUCCAGUACAACUUCACAAACAACAUUAGCGUCAUCAAUUGAAAUUACUCCAUUACCAACAAUAACCGAAACCACAGUUCCCUCAACAACCACAGAGUCAACAACUUUAGAAACAACAAUAGUUCCUUCCAGUACAAUUUCAGAAAUAACGGUACCCUUGACAACUGAAACUACCCAGGCAUCAACAACUGAAACCACACAAGUUUUAACCACCGAAUCUACAACUUUAGAAUUAACAGUUGCUUCCAGUACAACCUUAGAAACAACAGUGCCCUCAACAACUGAAACUACUCCAGCACCAACUACAGAGACCACAGUUGCCUCAACAUCCACAGAACCUACAUCUUUUGAAACAACAGUUCCUUCAAGCACAACUUCAACAACUGAAACUACCCCAUCACCAACAACAGAGACCACAACAUCAGAAACAACAGUUACUUCAAGUACAACUUCAGAAACAUUAGAUUCAACAACUCAAAAUACCCCUGCUCCAACAACUACAGAGACAAUAGCUCCCUCAACAACCACAGAAUCUACAAAUUCUGAAACAACAACAGUUCCUUCAAGUACAACUUCAGAAAAAACAUUACCGUCAUCAACUGAAACUACUCCAGCGCCAACAACUACAGAGACCAUAGCUCCCUCAACAACCACAGAAUCUAUAACUUCAGAAACAACAACAGUUCCUUCCAGUACAACUUCAGAAACAUUACCCUCAUCAACUGAAACUACUCCAUUACCAAUAAUGACAGAGACCACAGUUCCCUCAACAACCACAGAGUCUACAACAUCAGAAACAGCAACAGUUCCUUCCAGUACAACUUUAGAUAUAAUGGAACCCGUAACAACUAAAACCACUCAGGCCUCAACCAUUGAAACCAUACAAGUUUUAACCACAGAAUCUACACCUUUAGAAAUAACAGUUGCUUCCAGUACAACCUUAGAAACAACAGUGCCCUCAACAACUGAAACUACUCCAGCACCAGCUACAGAGACCACAGUUUCCUCAACAACCACAGAAUCUACAACUUCCGAAACAACAACAGUUCAUUCAAGCACAACUUCGGAAACAUUUCCCUCAUCAACUGAAAGUACUCCAGCACCAACAACGACAGAGACCACAGUUCCCUCAACAACCACAGAGUCUACAACAUCAGAAACCACAACAGUUCCUUCCAGUACAAGUUCAGAGACUACGGUACCCUUAAAACCUGAAACUACCCAGGCAUCAAUAUCUGAAACCACACAAGUUUUAACCACAGAUUCUACAACUUUAGAAAUAACAGUUGUUUCCAAUACAACCUUAGAAACAACAACGCCCUCAACAACUGAAACUACCCCUGCACCAACUACAGAGACCACAAUUUCCUCUACAACCAUAGAGUCUACAACAUCAGAAACAACAGUUCCUUCAAGUACAACUUCAGAAAUAUUAGCUUCAGCAACUGAAAAUACCUCAGCUCCAACAACUACAGAGAUCAUAGCUCCCUCAACAACCACAGAAUCUACAACUUCUGAAACAACAAUAAUUCCUUCCAGUACAACUUCAGAAACAACACUACCCUUAUCAACUGAAACUACUCCAUUACCAACAACCACAGAGACCACAAUUCCAUCAACAACCACAGAGUCUACAUCAGAAACAGUAACAGUUCCUUCCAGUACAACUUCAGAAAUAACGGUACCCUUAACAACUGAAAGUACCCAGUCAUCAACUAGUGAAUCCACACAAGUUUUAACCACAGCAUCUACAACUUUAGAAAUAACAGUUGCUUCCAGUACAACCUUAGAAACAACAGUGCCCUCAACAAUUAAAACUACUCCCACACCAACUACAGAGACCUCAGUUUUCUCAACAACCACAGAGUCUAUAACAUCAGAAACAACAGUUCCUUCAAGUACAACUUUAGAAACAUUAGCAUCAACAACUGAAAAUACACCAGCUCCAACAACUGUAGAGACCAUAGCUCCCACAACAAACACAGAAUCUACAACUUCCAAAACAUCAACAACAGUUCCUUCCAGUACAACUUCAGAAACAACACUGCCCUCAUCAACUGAAACUACUCCAGCACAAACAACUACAGAGACCAUAGCUCCCUCAACAACCACAGAAUCUACAACUUCAGAAACAACUGUUCCUUUAAGUACAACUUUAGAAAAAACAUUACACUUAACAAAUGAAACUACCCAGGCAUCAACAACUGAGACCACAGAGUUUUUAACCACAGAAUUUACUACAUCAGAAACAACAGUUGUUUUCAGUACAAUUUCAGCAAUAACAGUACCCUCAACAACUGAAAGUACCCCAUCACAAACAACUAUAGAGACCCCAGUUCCCGCAACAUCCAAAGAGUCUACAACAUCAGAAAAAAUAAUAGUUCCUUCCAGUGCAACUUCAAAAACAACAUUACUAUCAACUACUGAAACUACAGCAGCACAAACAUCUACAGAGACCACUGCUCCCUCAACAAUCACAGAGACAACAACAUUAGAAACAGCAACAGUUCCUUCCAGUACAACUUCUGAAACAAUAGUGCUAACAACAACUACACAGACAUCAAGAACUACAGGGAUCACUGUUCUUUCAACAACUGAAACUACUGCAGCCUCAACAAACACAGCAUCUACAACAAUUGUACCUGCAACUUCAGAAAUGACAGUACCCUCAACUAUUGAAACUACCCAGGCAUCAACGUCUACAGAGACCACACAGGCCUCAACAGCCUCAGAAUCAACAACAUCAGAAAGAACAACUGUUCCUUCAAAGACUGAAACAACAUCGGUUACAAACCCAACAGUAGAAACUCAAACAUCGUUUCUUGCAUUUUCAACCUCUGCGGGGACUACAUCUGGGUUUACAACAGCGGAAAUAAUACAAUACUUUUUUAAAAAUCUGCUCCCUGUAAAUAAAAACUGCAUUUCAGAAAGAACAACAGUUCCUUCCAGUGCAACUUCAGAAACAAUAUUAUCAUCAAAUACUGAAUCUACCCUAAAACUAACAACUACAGAGACCACAGUUCCCUCAACAACCACAGAAUCUACAACAUCAGAAACAGCAACAGCUCUUUCCAGUACAACUUUCGAAACAACAUUAUCCUUAACAACUGAAACUACCCAGGCACUUACAACUAUAGAGAACACAGUUCCCUUGACAACCACAGAAUCUACAACUUCAGAAAUAACAAUAGUUUUUUCCAGUUCAACUUCAGAAACAACAGUACCCUCAACAACUGAAAGUACCCCAACACAAACAACUAUAGAGACCACAGUUCCAUCAACAACCACAGAGUCUACAUCAGAAACAACAAUAGUUCCUUCCAGUACAACUUUAGAAACAACAAUACCCUCAACUACUGAAACUACCCCAGCACUAACAACUACAGAGACCACAGUUCCCACAACAACUGAAAACAUAAACAUUUUAACCACAGAACCUACAACUUCAGAAACAGCUACAGUUCCUUCUAGCACAACUUUAGAAACAACAGUACCUACAAUAGCUGAAACUACCCAGGCAUCAACAACUGAGAUUCCACAGGACUUAACCACGGAGUCAACAACAUCAGAACCAAUAACAGCUACUUCCAGUACAAAUUCAGAAAUAACAUUACCAUCAAAUACAGAGACCACAGUUCCCUCAACAACUACAGAGUCUACAGGUUCAAAAACAACAACAGUUCCUUUUAGUACAACUUCAGAAACAACAUUACUUUCAACUACUGAAACUACCCCAGCACUAACAACUACAGAGAUGACAGUUCUUUCAACAACUACAGAGCUUACAACAUCGGAAACAGCAACAGUUCCUUCCAGUACAUCUUCAGAAACAACGUUACCCAUAACAACUGAAAAUACCCAGGCACUUACAACUAUAGAAAGCACAGUUUCCUCGAUGACGGAAUAUACAACUUCAGAAACGACUGUUCCUUUAAGUAUAGAAACAACAAUACCCUUAACAACUGAAACUACCCAGGCAUCAACUGAGGCUACAAAGGUUUUAACCAUAGAAUCUACAACUUCAGAAACAUUAGCUGCUUCCAGUACAACCUUAGAAACAACAAUACCCUCAUCAACUGAAACUACCCCAGCACUAACUACACAGACCACAGUUCCCUCAACAACCACAAAGUCCACUACAUCCGAAACAACAAUAGUUCCUUCCAAUACCACUUCAGAAACAACACUAACCUCAACUACCCCGGCACUAAUAACUACAGAGACCACAGUUCCCUCAACAACCACAGAGUUUACAUCAGAAUCAGCAACAGUUCCUUCCAGUAAAACUUCAGAAAUAACAGUACCCUUAACAACUGAAACUACCCAGACAUCAACAACUGAAAUCACACAAGUUUUAACCACAGCAUCUACAACUUCAGAAACAACAACAGUUCCUUCCAGUACAACUUCAGAAACAACAGAACCCCUAACAACUGAAACUUCAGCAACUACAGAGAGCACAGUUCCCUCCACCAUUGAGACCACACAGGAAACAACCACAGAGUCUACAACAUUAGUAACUAUUCUGUUCAUUACAAUGACAGAAACAAUAUUACUUUCAUCAACUGAAACUAGUCCAGUGCCAACAACUACAGAGACCACAGUUCCCUUGACAACCACAGAGUCACCAACAUCAGAAACAACAACAGUUCCCUCCAGUACAACUUCAAAAACUACAUUACCCUUAACAACUGAAACUACACAGACACUUACAACUAUAGAGAGCACACUUCCCUUGACAUCAACAGAAUCUACAACUUCAGAAACAACUGUUCCUUUAAGUACAACUUUAGAAACAACAAUACCCUUAACAACUGAAACUAUCCAGGCAUCAACAACUGAGACUACAGAGUUCUUAACCACAGAAUCUACGACAUCAGAAAAAACAGUUGUUUUCAGUACAAUUUCAGAAACAACAGUACUCUCAACAACUGAAAGUACCCCAUCACAAACAACUAUAGAGACCACAGUUCCCUUAACAACCAUAGAGUCUGCAACAAAAACAACAAUAGUUCCUACCAGUACAACUUCAGAAAUAAAAAUACCCACAAUUACUGAAACUACCCCACCACUAACAACUACAGAGACCAUGGUUCCCUCAACAACCACAGAGUCUACAACAAUAGAAACAGCAACAGUUCCCUCCAGUACAACUUCAGAAAUAAUGGUACCUACAACAGCUGAAACUACCCAGGCAUCAACAACUGAGGUUACACAGGUCUUAACCACAGAGUCAACAACAUCAGAACCAAAAACAGUUACUUCCAGUACAAAUUCACAAAUAACUUUACCCUCAACUACAGAGACCACAGUUCCCUCAACAACCACAGACUUUACAACUUCAGAAACAACAACAGUUCCUUUUAGUACAACUUCAGAAACAAUAUUAGCAGCAACUACUGAAACUACCUCAGCACUAACAACUACAGAGACGACAAUUCUCUCAACAACCACAGAGUCUACAAUGUCAGAAACGGCAACAGUUCCUUCCAGUACAACUUCAGAUAAAAUGUUACCCAUAACAACUGAAACUACUCAGGUACUUACAACUGUAGAAAGCACUGUUUCCUCGACAACAGAAUCUACAACUACAGAAACAACUGUUCCUUUAAGUACAACUUUAGAAACAACAAUACUAUUAACAACUGAAACUACCAAGGCAUCAACAAUUGAGACCACACAGGUUAUAACAACAGACUCUAUAAUAUCAGAAACAAUAGUUACUUCCAAUAUAACUAUAGAUACAUUACCCUUAUCAACUGAAACUACCCUAUCACAACCAACUACAGAGACCAUAGUUCCCUCAACAAUCACAGAAUCUACAGCUUCCGAAACAACAACAGUUCCUUCUACUACUACUUCAGUAACAACUAUGCCCCCAACAAUUGAAAGUACCCCAGCACAAACCACAGUUUCCUCAACAACCACAGAAUCUACAACUACAGAAACAACAGUACCACCAUCAACUGAAACAAUCACAGCAGCAACAACUACAAUGGUUCCUACUGAGACCAUAGCUCCCUCAACAACCACAGAAUCUACAACUUCAGAAACAACAAUAGUUCCUUUCAGUACAACUUCAGAAACAUUACCCUCAUCAACUGAAACUACUCCAUUACCAACAACUACAGAGACCACAAUUCCCUCAACAACCACAGAGUCUACAACAUCAGAAACAGCAACAGUUACUUUCAGUACAACUUCAGAAAUAAUGGUACCCUUAACAACUGAAACUACCCAGGCAUCAACAACUGAAACCACAGUUUUCUCAACAACCACAGAGUCUACAACAUCAGAAACAACAGUUACUUCAAGUAAAACUUCAGAAACAUUAGCUUCAACAUCUCAAAAUAUCCCAACUCCAACCACUACAGAGACCACAAUUCCAUCAACAACCACAGAGUCUACACCAGAAACAGCAACAGUUCCUUCCAGUACAACUUCAGAAAUAACGGCACCAUUAACAACCCAGUCAUCAACUAGUGAAACCACACAAGUUUUAACCACAGAAUCUACAACUUUAGAAAUAACAGUUGCUUCCAGUACAACCUUAGAAACAACAGUGUCCUCAACAACUGAAACUGUUCCAGCAUCAACUACAGAGACCACAGUUUACUCAACAACCACAGAAUCUACAACUUCUGAAACAACAUAUCCUUCAAGCACAACUUCAGAAACAACAUUACCCUCAUACCCUGAAACAACUCCAGCACCAACAACUACAGAGACCAUAGCUCCCUCAACAACCACAGAAUCUAUAACUUUAGAAUCAACAACAGUUCCUUCCACACUGACAACUCUAGAAAGCACAGUUCCCUGGACAACCACACAAUCUAAAACUUUAGAAACAACUGUUUCUUUAAGUACAACUUCAGAAACAACAACACCCUUAACACCUGAAACUACCCAGGCAUCAACAACUGAGACCACACAGGUCUUAUUCAAAGAAUCUACAAAAGCAGAAACAACAGUUGCUUCCAGUAUAACUUCAGAAACAAUAUUACCUAUAACAACUUCAACUACCCAGACAUCAACAAUUGAGACCACACAGGUCUUAAUCACAGAAUCUAUAACAUCAGAAACAACAAUAACUUCCAGUACAAUUUCAGAUACAACAGUACCCUCAUCAACAGAAACUACCCCAUCACCAACAACUACAUAUUUCAUAUUUCCCUCAACAAUCACAGAAUUUACAACUUCCAAAACAACAGGUCCUUCUAGUACAACUUCAGAAACAACUGUGCUUUCAAUAACUGAAAGUACCCCAGCACAAACCACAGUUCCCUCAACAACCGCAGAAUCUACAUCAGAAAUAACAACAGUUCCUUCUAGAAUAACUACAGUACCCAAAACUAUGGAAACUAUCCCAGCACUAACAACUACAGGGACCACAGUUUCCUCAAUAACCACAGAGUCUACAACAUCAGAAACAAAAACAUUUUCUUACAGUGCAACUCCAGAAACAACAGCAUCCCAAACAACUGAAACUUCAGCAACUAAAAAGAUCACAGUUCCCUCAACAAUUGAGAACAAACAGGUAUCAACCACAGAGUCUACAACAUCAGUAACAACAAUUCCUUUCAGUACACACUCACAAACAACAGUAACCUCAACAACUGAAAGUAACCUAGCACCAACAUCUUCCGAAAGCACAGUUUCCUCAACGACCACAGAAUCUACACUAUCAGAAACAGUUCCCUUUAGUACAACUUCAGAAAUAACAUUACCCUCAAUUACUGAAACUGCCCAAGCACUGGCAUCUAUAGAGAGCACAGUUCCUUGGACAACCACAGAAUCUACAACUUCAGAAACAACUGUUUCUUUAAGUACAACUGAAAGUAUCCCUGCACAAACAACUAUAGAGACCAUAGUUACCUCAACAAUCACAGAUUAUACAACCUCCGAAACAGCAAGAGUUCCUUCCAGUACAACUUCAGAAACAACUGUGCCCUUAACAACUGAAAGAACUCUAGCACCAAUAGCUACAGAGAGCACCGUUCCCUCAACAACCAUAAAGUCAACAAUAUCAGAAACAACAAUAGUUCCUUCCAAUACUACAUCAGAAACAACAUUACCCUCUUUAUCUGAAACUACCCUGGCACAAACAACUGCAGAGACCACAGUUAUAUUGACAAACACAGACUCAACAACAUCUGAAACAACAACAGUUCCUGCAAAUAUAACUUCAGAAACAUUACCCUCAACUUCUAAAACUACCUCAGCACAAACAACUGCAACAUCUCAAACAACAACAGUUCUUUUCACUACACCUUCAGAAACAACUGAAACUUCAGCAACUACAGAGCACACAGUUCCAUCAACAAUUGAGAACACAUUGAUAUCAAGCACAGAGUCUACAACAUCAAUGACAACAAUUCCUUUCAGUACAAACUCAGAAACAACCAUUCCCUCAACAACUGAAACUUCCCCAGAACCAACAGCUACAGAGAGCACAGUUCCCUUGACAAACACAGACUCGACAACAUCAGAAACAACAACAGUUCCUUAUAGUACAACAUCAGAAACAACAUUACCCUUAACAACCAAAACUACCCAGGCAUCAAAAACUGAGACCACUCAAGUCUUAGCCAGAGAAUCUAUCACAUUAGAAGCAACAACAAUUGCUUCCAGUAUAACUUCAGAAACAACAUUGCCCUCAACUACUGAAACUACCCCAUCAAUUACAACUAUAGAGAGUAUAGUUCCCUUGACAACCACAGAAUCUACAACUUCAGAAUUAACUGUUCAUUUAAAUACAACUUUCAAAACCACAAUACCCUUUACAAAUGAAACUCCCCAGGUUUCAACAACUGAGAUCACACAGGUCUUUACCACAGAAUCUACAACAUCAGAAACAACAGUUGCUUCCAGUACAACUUCAGAAACAAUAGUACUCUCAACAAAUGAAAGUACUCCAGUACAAACAACUUUAAAGUCCACAGUUCCCUCAAAAACAACAGAUUCAGAAACAAUUGUUCCUUCGAGUACAACUUCAGAAAAAAUAUUACCCUCAUCAACUGAAACUACCUCAGCACCAACAACUACAGAGACCAUAGGUCCCUCAACAAUCCCAGAAUCUACAACUUCAGAAAUCACAACAGUUCCUUCUAGUACUUUGGAAACUUUGGAAACAACUGUACAUUCAACUGUACAUUUAACAACUAAAAAUACCCCAGUUAAAAAACCUAUAGAGACCACAGUUCAAUCAACAACCACAGAGUCUACAAUAUCAGAAACAAUAAUAGUUCCUUCCAGUACAUCAGAAACAACAUUGCCCUCUUUAACUGAAACUACCAUAGCACCAACAACUACAGAUACUACAGUUCCCGCGAUGACCACAGAAUCUACAACAUCAGAAAUAGCAAUAGUACCUUCCAGUACAACUUCAGAAACAACAGUACCUUCAACAACAGAAACUACCCAGGCAUUAAAAAAAGAGACCAAACAAGUCUUAGCUACACAAUCUACCACAUUAGAAAAAUCAGUUGCUUCAGAAACAACAUUAGCCUCAACAACUGAAACUACCCCAGCAUCAACAUCAACAGUUUCUUCCAGUACAACUCUCGAAACCACUGAAUCUACCCACGCCUCAACAACCAUAGAAUCUUCAACAUCAGAGACAGCUGUUCCUUCCAUUACAACUUCAGAAACUACAGUAGCUUUAACAACUGAAACUAUUCAGGCAUCAACAAUUGUAGAAACUACAGUUCCCUUAAUAACUGGUAUCACACAGGUCUCAAAAACCACAGAGUCUAUAACACCAGAAACAACAACAGUCCCUUCCAGUACAACUUCAGAAACUACAGUAAUAACAACAAUUGAAACUACCCAGGCAUCAACAACUACAGAGAUCACUGGUCCCUCAACAACUGAAACUACCCAGGCUUCAACAACCUCAGAAUCUGCCACAUCAAAAACAACAACUGUUCCUGCUUCUUCAGAAACAACAGUACUAAUAACAAUUGAAACUACCCAAUCAUCAACUACAGAGACAACUGUUCUUUCAACAACUGAAACUACCCAGGCCUCAACAACCACAGAAUCUACAACAUCAAACAUAACUGUUCCUGCAACUUCAGAAAUUACAGUAUCCUCAACUAUUGAAACUACCCAGGUAUCAAGGUCUACAAAGACCACACAGGACUCAACAGCCACAGAAUCACCAGCAUCAACAUCAGAAACAACAACAGUUCCUUCAAUGACUGAAACUACAUCUCUUACAAACCCCACAGUAGAAACUCAAACACCUGCUGCAUUUUCAACCUCUGCAGGAACUACAUCUGGGUUUACAACAGUGGAAACAACAGUUCCUUCCAGUACAACUUCAGAAAUGACAUUACCAUCAACAACUGAAACUACCCAUACAUCAACAACUACAGAGAGCACAGUUCCCUUAGCAACUGAGACCACACAGGUCUUAUCUACAGAAUCUACUACAUCAGAAACAACAACAAUUGCUUCCAGUACAACUUCAGAAAUGACAAUACCCUCAACAACUGAAACUCCCCCAGCAUCAACAACUACAGAGAUCACAGUUCCCUCAAUAACCACAGCAUUUACAACAACAGAAUUUUCAAUAUUAGAAACAUCAACAAUUCCUUCCAGUACAACUUCAGAAACAACAUUACUCUUAACAACUGAAACUACCCAGGCAUCAACAACUACAGAGACCUCUGGUUCCUCAACAACUGAGACCACACAGGUGUCAACAAAAUCAGAAAUAACAGCAGUUCCUUCCAGUACAAAAUCUGAAACAACAGUAGCCUCAACCAGUGAUACUACCCAGGUAUCAAAAACUACACAGAUCACUGUUCCUUCAACAACUAUGACCACACAGACAUCUACAACAACAAAAUCGACAUCAGAAACAGCUAUAGUUCCUUUAAGUACAACUUCAGAAACAACAGUUUCCUCAACAACUGAGACCACACUGGCCUCAAAGUUGAACACACAGGCCUCAACAAAUAAAGAAUCAACAACAUUAGAAACAACAACAGUUACUUCUAGUACAGCUUUAGAAAUUAAAGUUCCCUCAACAAAUUUUUUAAUGACAACACAAGCCAUAACAACUAUAAAGAAUACAACAGUGCUUUCCACAACAUCAGAAGCUAACCCUUCAAUCACAACUGUAGUAAUGACAGCUCCAUCAGCAACUGGAACUCCAGUGGCCUUAACCACUACAGAAUAUCCAACAACAGUUACAUCAGACAAAAUUACAGUUUCAUCAAGCAGAACUGCAGAAACAACAGUUGCAUCAACAACUGAGACAACAGAAGGACCAAAUGCUAAACAAACAACAGUUAUUUCAACAUUAGAAACAACAACAGUACCAUCAAGCACAGUUACAGAAAUAACAGAGGUCUCAGCAACCACAACACCUGCAACAGCCACUUCAAUAAUAUCUGAAACAACCAUUUCUACAGUUGAAAAACCAAUAAUAACUCAAUCAAACACAAUUGCAGAAACAAUAGUUUCAUCAACAAAUGAGACAACAGAUGGAACAACUACAGAACAAAAUACAGUGUUGUCAACAUUAAAAACAAUAACAGUACCAUCAAGCGUAGCUACAGAAAUAACAACAGAGGCCUCAACACCCACAACACCUACAUCAGGCAUUUUAAUAAUAUCAGAGUUGACAACAGUUUCUAUAGGCACAAAUUCAGUGCCCUCAACCACUGAAGCUACUUAUGCCUCAACAUCCACAGCUGUAACAAUUCCAUCAACAUCAGUGUUAUUAACAACUUUGGAACCAGCAACAGUGGUUUCUACAGCGGAAACAACAACAAUAAUAAUUCCACCAAGCACAACUGCAGAAACCACAGUCUCAUCAACAAUUGAGACAAUAGAGGGACCAACUACAGAACAAACUGUGGUUUCAACAUUAGAAACAACAACAGUUCUAUCAAGCACAGCUGCAGAAAUAACAACAGAGGCCUCAACAACCACAGCACCUACAACAACCACUUCAAUUAUAUCGGAAACUACAACAGUUUCUUUAGGCACAACUUCAUUACCUGCAACCACCAAAACUUCUUAUACCGCAGCAUCCACAGCUACAGCAGUUCCAUCAACAUCAAUGAGAAUAACAACUUUGGAAUCAGGAACAGUGGUUUCUAAAGCUGAAACAACAAGUAUUAUAAUUCCAUCAAGCACAGCUACAGAAACCACAGUUUCAUCAGCAACUGAGACAACAAAGGGAUCAAUUACAGAACAAACAACAGUGUUUUCAACAUUAGAGACAACAACAGUUCCCUCAAGUACAGCUACAGAAAUAACAGCAGAGGCCCCAACAACUACAGCACCUACAACAGCCAUUACAAUAUCAGAAAUGACAACAGUUUCUUUAGGCACAACUUCAGUACCCUCAAACACCAAAACUACUUAUGCCUCAACAUCCACAGCUGUAACAAUUCCAUCAACACCAGUGACAUUAACAACUUUGGAAUCAGCAACAGUGGUUUCUAAAGCUGAAACAACUAUAAUAGGUGCAUCAAGCACAACUGCAGAAACCACAGUUUUAUCAACAAAUAAAAUAACAGAGGGUCCAACUUCAGAACAAAAAAUAAUGGUUUCAACAUCAGAAACAACAACAGUUCCCUCAAGCACAGCUACAGAAAUAACAACAGAGGCCCCAACAACCACAGCACCUACAACAGCUACUUCAAUAUCGGAAAUGACAACAGUUUCUUUAGGCGCUACUUCAUUACUUUCAACCAGCGCAAUGGCAUUAACCGCUUUGGAAUCAGCAACAGUGGUUUCUACAGCUGAAACAGCAUUGAGCACAACUGCAGAAACCACAGUUUCACCAACAAUUGAGAUAAUAUUGAGACCAACUACAGAACAAACUACAGUGGUUUCAACAUUGGAAACAACAACAGUUCCAUCAAGCACAGCUACAGAAAUAACAACAGAGGCCUCAACAACCACAGCAUCUACAACAGCCACUUCAAUAAUAUCUGAAACAACAACAGUUGCUUUGGGCACAACUUUAGUACCAUUGACCAUUGAAACUACUUAUGACUUAACAUCCACAGCUACAACAGUUCUAUCAACAACAGUGACAUUAACAACUUUGGAAUUGGCGACAGAAGUUUCAACAGCAACUACAGAAACAUCUACCAUGUCUUCAACAUCAACAAUUUCUCCAACUGCUAUGGAAACCACAGGCUCAACAGCAACUGAAAAAAUGUCAGUGACUUCAGUGACACUAGAGACUUUAACAAUCACAGAAAGUAAAACAAUGCUAUCAACAAUAGCAGACACAAGCACAUUUCUUAAAACUACACAGGCCUCAACAUCUACAGAAAGUACAAUGUCAGAAAUAAUUCCUACAAGUGACACUGCUGAAACCACAAGGUCAUCAGCAGGUGCAACUACAGAAGCAACAACAGCAACUAAAGCUGUAAUGGUUUCAACAACAUCAGAAACCGUAACAGUUCCAACAAGCACAAUCACAGUGGUAUCAUCAACUAUAAUACCUACAACAUCCAUUUCAACAACAUCUGAAACAACAGCAGUUCCUUCAGGCACAACAGUACCCUCAAUCACUGAAACUACACAUGUCUCACUAUCAACAGUGGGUACAGCAGAAAUAACUCCUUCAAGCAGAACUACAGAUAGUAUGAAUGCAUUAAUAACUGGAACUACAGAGGCCUCAGCAACCACAAAAGCUACAACAGCAGCUUUCACAAUAUCAGAAACAACAGGUCCUACAACAGUACUUUCCACAUCUAUUACCGAAACAAAUACAUUUAGCGAAACUGCACAGACUGUCAGAACAACAGAAACUGCAGUCCCAUCAGUUAUUGAAACUAGAGAAGCUGUAACAAAUAUACAGUCAACAGCAAUGGUUUCCCGAACAUCUGAGGCACCAAUAGUCCCUUCAAGAAGUUUAACUACAGAAUCAUUAGGAACUAUAGAAACUGCAACUUUAGAAACUAUAAUUGCGUCAUCAAUUCAAACUACUCGAGCUACAACAACUGGAGCAACAAUGGUUCUUGCAACAACACUGGAGACUGCAGCUGUGCCUUUGAAAACAACUGUAAUCGUAGAAUCUUCAUUAUUUACCACAUUAACCCCACCAACGUUAGCAGAGGCUGGAACAACACCUGUAACAGCAAUAGAAACACAGACAUCUGCAGCUGCAUCAUCUACACCAGCAGGGACUGUAUCUGGGGUUACAGCAGUGGAAACAACAACUUUACCCAUUACAAAUGCAGCAGCAGGAUCUCAGGCAUCAUCAACUCCUUUAUCAGCUGGAGUCAAUACAACUACCAUCCAAACAUUAUCUACACCUGCACCAACAAAAACAGUAAUGAGUACAGCAGGAACUACAAAUUUACCCACUGUAAGUAAAGCACUAGGAACUCAGACAUCAUCUACUUCACCAGCUGGAGUUAAUAUAACUACCACCAAAACAUUAUCUACACCUGCACCAACAAAAACAGUAAUGAGUACAACAGGAACUACAACUUUACCCACUGUAAGUAAAGCACUGGGAACUCAGACAUCAGCUACUUCAUCAGCUGGAAUUAAUGCAACUACCAUCAAAACAUUAUCUACACCUGCACCAACAAAAACAGUAACGAGUACAGCAGGAACUACAACUUUACCCACUGUAAGUAAAGCACUGGGAACUCAGACAUCAGCUACUUCAUCAGCUGGAGUUAUUACAACUACCAUCAAAACAUUAUCUACACCGGCACCAACAAAAACAGUAACGAGUACAGCAGGAACUAGAGCUUUACCCUCUGUUACGGCACUGGGGACAUCAGCUACUUCAUCUGGAAUUAAUACAACUACCACCAAAACAUUAUUUACACCUGCACCAACAAAAACAGUACCAAGUACAGCAACAGGAACUACAGCUUUACCCAUUGUAAGUACAGCACUGCGAACUCAGACAUCAGCUACUUCAUCAACUACCAUCAAAACAUUAACUACACCUGCACCAACAGCAGUGGUUGAGCCUCCUGUGAAUGCGAUCACCCAAUCUCCAGUGCAAGGAGUCCAAACAGAAGACAUAACUAUUAAUUGCACCUUCACUAGCUUGAUAUAUUCUAAUGAUUUCGGUACACGAAAUUCUACAGCAUUCAACUCUACUGCUACUUAUAUAAUUUCCUUGCUGGAUGACGCCUUCAAGAAAAGCACAAUCAGCAGCAAAUAUAGGAAUUGUAAAAUUGAUAACUUUAUGCUUGCUCCACUGGGCACCAAAGUAAAUUCUGUCUGCAGCAUCAACAAAGAAACAACUGGACACCAGUUUGACAAAGUGGUCUUCUAUGGAGAGCUUGAAGAUGUAACAAACAAUGUGACAAUUUGGGGAAAAUACACACUUGACAAGAAUAGUCUUUUUGUUAAUGGCUACCAGAAACCUAUUAUAAUAACAACUUUAAUGCCGACUACAACAGCCAAGCCAACUACAACAACAACCACACCAACUACAACAACAACCACACCAACUACAACAAAGACAACCACACCAACUACAACCACUAAAACAACUGUAACAACAUCCAAAACUCCUGUGCUGAUAUUUGGGCCAAAGCAAUUCUUCUUGAAUUUUACCAUCACCAACCUCUUCCACACCACCACCCUAGAUAACAAGGAUUCGGACAAUUACAGCCUUAACAAAAACAAUAUUGACAAACUGUUGAAUCUAGUCUUUAAUAACAGCAUUCUAAAGGACCGCUUUAAAAACUGCACUGUUACUGCAUUCAGGCCAACUCCAAAAUCACUUUACACCACUACUGAAGCAAUGUGCACCUUCGAUGUUGAUCUUUUGGCCAAGGUCAUUGAUGAUCAAUUCAUUAAAGAUGUUUUCUUUAAUGGAACAAAAGAUGGAAUCACCCUGGGCAAUUAUACUUUGGACAAAACAAGCAUAAAUGUUGCCGGUUACACUCCAGAACAACCAACCACUCAAGCCCCUACCACCAUCAUGACUAUAACAACUACCACAGUUCAAUCAAUUGCUCCAGGAGAUAAACGCUAUGACAUCAGUUUUACCAUUUAUAAUGAUUAUGUGCCCAGUGAUCCUGUAGAGUUUGAAAAGAAGAAAUUGAGCAUAGAAGAAGAGAUGAAUAAGCUUUACCGGAAUAGUCCCCUCGGCAAAAAAUUUAAAUUCUGCAAAGUUUCAGCAAUGAGAAAUGGAUCCAUUAUUCCUUUAUGUGGGUGUUACUUUGAAGAUGACCCAACAGUAACAUUAGACAGUGUGAGGAAAGAGUUUUACGAUGGGAUCAUAAAUGGAACUCUCCUGGGACCAUUCUUUAAGAUUAAGGACAUUUCCAUUCAGGAAAUUUCCUCAACAAAUGAAUUACCGUUUUGGGCCAUUAUCCUUAUAUGCCUGGCAGUUCUUUUAGGCCUCAUAUUGCUUUUCCUUGUUAUCUUCCUGCUGGUAUUUUGCCUACGGAAACGAAAAGGCUCUUUUGAUGUAACAGAUAGUAUUUAUGGAACCUAUUUCCCUCACCUGGACAUGCGAAGGUUAUACUGAUGGAUUUUCAGACUACACCUAGUAUUUAUAAAACCUAGCAACAUGUGUUUUAUCCCCUGAAGGACUGAAAUCAACAAUUAUAGAUGACAAAACUGAAUUGUUAUAUAUACUACAUUGUUAAUCGCUAACCCUUGAAACAACAGCAGCCCUCUCUUUAAAUUCUACCUCUGCAACUUUAAAAUUCCAAGUGAAUAAUGCUUGAAAGACAGGGGCUUAUAGAGAAGGUUAACUGUGCCAUACUCAGGAACCACUCAGGAAAUGCUGCUUUUACAGACAUCAAGCUGGUUCGCUGGCGGUCUGGCUUAGAUGAUUGUGCGUUGGCACUUAUAGAAUAAUUGCACUAUUUAACCAAGUCCCACUGAGGUCCAUACAAAUGUAUUUAUUUAUAGAUGGAUAAUUGUAUUUUCUAGACUUUAUUAAUAUAUUGUGAGAUUUUGCCAACUUAGGGAGUGUCUGAGGUUUGUGGGAUGAAUACUUCAUAUAUUCAUACCUCUCAACUUCAUUUUAGUCAUUCACUUUGACACAUAUUCAGUACAGUAAAGCACAUUUCAUAUAAUCAGUUGAAUGCAUGUACAGCCAGCACGAAGAAAUGCAAGGGAAAUUAUAACCCUAGCUUUAUGAUUUCUCCAUCGUUUAAUGUUAAAUCACACAUUACUUCUUCAUUCAUCAAGAAUAUACCCACUGUUUAAGCAUACGUUAUACAUGUAAGAAUAAGCUGUAGGAGGACAUUACUACAUACUGUGGAAUAUGGUGUUCAGGUGGAUCAUCUGAUUUAUCUUAUUUCCAGUUCCAUUCUACAUUCGCCUAUUCUUCUUUUAGUGAAAUAUUUCAAGGAAAAGGGUGUCAAAAGAGAACACCCAGCCCUAUAAUCAAGUUAUUUCACAACUGUGUGCAUGCAGCUGUUUAACACUUGUGGAUGUGCUUCCUAUUUCUUUUAAGUAAUCAUAUUAUUAUAUACAGUAGAUCAAAUGUUUAUGGGAAAGUUAGUUUUAAUACCUGCUCAUCUGCAGGUUGAGAGUUAUGUUUAGGCUUGUUCAGGGCCGUCAUCAGAAAUCUUGGAGGGGCCAAUACAACAACAUGCCCCCCCUCCCCCUUUUUAAGCACAAAUGGGACCCUGAUAUUCUACUGCUUGCACCACUGCUGGGGGCCAGAGCCAAGAUUUUACUGCAUAAUAAAAAAAGACAAAUGAAAGUAUUGCUGCCAAUGGCCUUAAAAGUUGCUGCUUUCUCUACAGCAGUCCCGGCUGCCCCCACUGAUGGCGGCCAUGGACAUUAUGAAAUGUAGCAUUCAGAGGCUCCACUGCCAGAAAAUGGGCCUAUUUUAACAUCCUAUAACCGGCCUCUCUAUACAUUUGGCUCUUUACAUGCUUUGCUUAUAUUUAUUAAACUUGUAUUUAUGGUGUCAGUGUUAUAUAAAUAUAGUACUCUCUCAAAAAAAAUAUUUGAUCAUUCAAAAUAUUUAUAUUUAAAACUGUAAUUUUUAACAAAUAUCAUUGUAUUUUCAACACUUUUGAUUAAAAUGUGGUAAUAAAUUUAUUUUUGAAAUCAUUA